AGCUGGGAACCGGAAGUAGUUGCGUCCUUCUCCGGCACCGAUGGGAGGGGGAGCGCCGAGUAAGUGAGCGGUGCCUCUUCUCGUUUUUCGCGGCGCAAGAUGGCGGAUCUGUCCCUGGACGAGCUCAUCCGGAAGCGCGGAGUGACGGUGAAGGGCCGACUGAAUGCCAGGCCGGGGAUCGGAGGCAUCCGGUCUCGCAUCGGGCUCCCUCAGGCCCUCCUGAAUCGGCCGAUGCCGGCUCCGGGUUUCCAGCAGAUCUUUGAUGCUCGGCAGAGGAUCGGGCUCACGGAUGCCAGGCAGAAGUUGGGAGUCAAAGAUGCCCGAGAGAAACUUUUGCAGAAAGAUGCUCGCUUUCGGAUCAAAGGGAAAGUGCAGGAUGCCCGGGAGAUGCUGAACUCCCGAAAACACCAGACCCUCGCAGCAGAGAAGGGGACCAAAGUGACCGAUGCCCGGGAGAAGAUCAGCUUGAAACGGAGCUCGCCCGGCUCCUUGCUGAGGCCGGCUGCCAGCUCACUGCCUCCCACCAUGAAGAUUACCAAAACUAUCCAGAAAGCUGCCCUCCCGAUUCUUCCCCAUCCCGCUGGAAUGAGAAUCAACGUGGUCAACAACCAUCAGCAUAAACAGAGCCUGUACGACGUAGAUGAAGAUGAGGAAGCUUCUGUGCCCAUACCCAGCAAACAGAUGAAGCUUGCCGGCAGCCCCAGCUUCCUGCAGCACAUGGCAGGGUUCAGCAGCUCUAAAUUCUCCUUAUCCAAGGCCCUCCCUCUGACCAAAGUCGUCCAGAAUGACACGUACACAGCCCUUCCAGCCCCACCUUCCCCUCUGCGGACAAAAGCCUUGACCAACAUGUCCCGGACCCUGGUGACCAAGGAAGACCCCCCCAAAGAACUUUCCCCUGCUGAGCCCAUCUUUAGCCCACUGGAAGGUACCAAGAUGACUGUGAACAACCUGCACCCCCGAGUCACCGAGGAGGACAUAGUGGAGCUUUUCUGCGUUUGUGGGGCCCUCAAGCGAGCCCGCCUGGUCCAUCCUGGGGUGGCCGAGGUCGUGUUUGUGAAGAAAGAAGACGCUAUCACCGCCUAUAAGAAAUACAACAACCGGUGUCUGGACGGGCAACCGAUGAAGUGCAACCUUCACAUGAACGGUAGCGUCAUAACGUCGGACCAGCCCAUCUUGCUGCGGCUCAGCGACAGCCCGUUGGUGAAGAAGGAGGGGGAGUCACGGAGAUUGAGCUCCAGUGCCUCGUCUCACCCGCCCGCCGAAGUGGACCCCGACACCAUCCUCAAGGCUCUCUUCAAGUCUUCUGGGGCCUCGGUCUCGGUGCAGCCCACGGAAUUUAAGAUUAAACUUUGAAAAGGGAAUCUCAGUAGCCGCAAGGCAGGAAAAGGGGGAGGCCACGGCCACCCACCUGCCACGGCACCCUCAGAAGACAGGCUUGUGGCAGCCUCUGUGACCCAUAGGCCACCAGUGUGGGCAGAGGCCACGGGAGCUCAUGCGUUUCUCACGGGACGCUGGCACUGGUGGCUGUGGGUGGGGCUUUCUUUCUGCACUCACGCCCUCCCUGUACCAUAGUGUUUUCUUUAGGGUGUGUUUUCCCUCAUUCCCUCUAUUCUUCCCUCCCUAUUAGUUGGGGUUUUUGCUUUGUUUUGUCAGGUCUGUUCUGUGUUCUUAUCUCCGGGCCAGAGGAUGCCCUGGCAUCCAAGCCUUGUUCCCGAGUGGCUAAGAGCCCCCUCCCUCUAGGGAUGAUCCGGGCAGAUGGAGAGCCCCUUUUUCCGGGCCUCAGGCUUGCCCCCUUCCCGCAGGCUGUCAGGGGAUAGCAAAUGGGGCUCUGCCCAGUGCUGAGGGGACCCGGGCUGUGGGCUUGAGAUGGGGGAGGCCUCACUUGGGGUCCAGCCACAGCCCCACUGUCUCCCUUUCCACCUCCUCCCAACCUCCACAGAAGCUACAGGCCCGGCCCCUCCAAGCCGGGGAGGCCCCUCCCGGCGCAGAGGAACGGGAUAUCCUAUUUGUUUUCCUCCCUCCCUCCCUCUAGUCAGCUGCGCUCUAAGAACCCCAUUUCCUUGGCCUCCAAGAUUAGGGUUGUCGAGGGGAGACUGGGGAGCGCGGGCCUUCUGAGAAGAGCCCGGGCCACCUCUAAGCCAGCCAGGCGUCUGAGGCAAGACCCACCCCCGAACGGCCCAGGACAAGGUGGCGGCCACAGACUCAUUUUUUUUCUCUGUAGCUUUCAAAUCCCCCCCGGGAAAGUUGCAGAGGAACCCGGCGCCGCUGAAGGAGCAAGGGGCAGCCCCGCCCCUGGCCGGCGUCUUCCCUUGGGUGUCACGGCGUUCCUCCCUCCCUCCCUCCCUCCCUCUCCAGACCGAAGGACCUGCUCCUCGGGAAGGGCCUGGCGGCCCUGGCGUCUCCGUCCUUCCCUCUUAGCUCACCAUCCAUGUCUCUUGUCGUUUGGAGGGAGAGGGAGGGCUAGGGAGGCAGAAGAGACUAUGUAUUCACCUGUUUCUGAAUAAACGUUUGUUAUACCUAGAGUGGCCCCAGCUGCCCGUCUGUGGGCCCACGGCUCGGCGCUCGGCUCCGUGGGUGUCCCGGCCCGGGCCAGGGGCCAGAGCGGGAGGCCUGAAGCGCUCCGAUUGUCCCCCGGGCCUCAGGUGCCUCAUCUGCUGAAUGGAACCUUCUGCACUCGGAGGUGACUUCCGGUCUUGGUGAAAGUCGGGGAAGCAGGAUGGGAUCGCCAGGAGAGCGGGCUCCCUUGCAACCCAAGGCUCGAGACUCUAGCUAGAAGCGAGAACGGCCAGACUUUGUACGGGAAGUGAGCUGCCCCCUCUGUUAGGGCCCGGGACAGCUGGUCUAGUCUCCACAACAGUGGGAGCCCUGGCACGGGGGAGGCGCGGGUGAAGGUUGGCAGUCGCGGCGGUGAAUCCCAGCCCUGACCCUCAGCCUCUUGGGAUUGAUAGUGGUUGGAGGGAAGCGGGAUCUCGAGCGUAUCCUCGGUCCCUUCAAACCCGAAUCUCAUUCAUUCGGAGCUCUCCAGCAAAGGCUCGGGUUGCCUUAGGGCUACAUAGAGACCCGGCAGAGAACGGGGAGGCCCAGGGCAUUUUGGGGAAGUCGGGGCUUCUUGCAGGAUGUGGGACCUUAGCAGAGAUGUGAAGGGAGCUCAGAAGGAGGUGGGGGGCAGUGAAUCCCAGAGUCGGGGUACGACAUGGGUGGGGUAAUGGGCUCGUGGGAUCCCAAAGUGGUCGGAGCAGGGGCUGCGUCCUAUAGGCUUCCGAUGCCACUUGGGAUCCUUCUGGAGGUGCUGGGGGCCCACUUCCCUUCCUGAAAGAGGUCAGCCUCUAUUUAGGAAGACCCCCGACAGGAGAGCAGACCUGGGAGACCAGCGAAAGCUCUCCCAAAAGCCCAAGUUUAAAGGGAUGAGGGACCGGAAAGUGACUUGGAGGGGGAGCCUGCACCAGACGGAGACGGAGACCCUGAGGACAUAGUGGUCCCUUCCACAUCCCAUGGAAGUUUGGAAGAGGAGCGGACCGUCUUUGUCUGACCGCGACACCCCCUACUCAAGAAGCACCUGCGGGCACAAAUACAAAAUGCUGUUUCCGCAGUCAAAGCCCUUCCUAACCUCUUUCUUAUGAUACACAGUGACUGGCCCCGGCCUCCUGACUGGAGCAUCUUUCCGCUCUGCCCACUGACCUCCCCGGCUUCCAUACGUCCCCAAGUGAUCCCUCGCCUGCAGGACACCUUCGUGAGCCCCCCUUUCACUUUUGUGUCUUCCCUCUGGUUGUGAUCUAAUUCUGGUGCAGGACGUCUUUAUCUGUUUGUUCUCCCUCGCUUCCCAUCUCCUUCCCUUGAGGACAGGACUUUUUGUUUCCCUGAGCUUAGCACUUAGUAGGCGCCUAAUAAAUGUUGAUUGAUCGA